AUGAAACAAAAAACAAGCAAAUCUAGCAAGGAUCGAUAUUGGACGAGGCAAAGAGUUGAACCAUCUAGGGCUGAAAUUGUAGAAGUCCGAAGUGUCGAUAGUCCAUCUAGAUCAUUGACAAUUAAGAGUGACAAGGUUAACGCUGACGGACAUCUACUGGGAUCACAACGUGAAAGGCCACAAGUUAGCGAAGAUUCUACCACGAUAUCGAGACCUAAGGCAAAAUCAAUAUCAAAUAUCGAUAAAGAGCAAAAUUCAUCAUCUACUUCUCGUGGCCAAACUAUGAAACAGUUGACUCCUAAUUCAAAUGAGCUUUCCCGAGUUCUUCCCAAGAUUAAUGGUUAUAUGUCUGUCUUCGUAGCAAAAGGUGUUUUGUUCAAUCACAAAAGGAAGUACAUCUCGGGUCUUUGGGAAGAGAUCUGUGGAAAACUUUCAAGAACUUCUCUAAACAAAAUUUCAUCUUACAAAGAUGAUAUUUAUGAAAUUUUCAAGGAGAUGAGUGAGAUGAAUUUUUUAGAUAUUUCACCACUGAAGUGCUUGGUAGAUUCUCUAUUUGAUCAUGCUAUUUCUUAUGCCAAAGAACACUCACAAGGCACGUGA